UUCUUACUAACAGGCUUUACUUACAUAGGGGAUAUUGCAGUAGUCUUCAUUGUGCUACAUACCUACUAUCCUAUUCAUUUCUGUCAGUUUUUUUGGUUUAUCACAUUUUUUGUGUUAUCACACAUUUUUUAUUGACAGACUCCUUCAGGAUGGAUUUGUGGGACAGAGACCGCACCUGGAUAGCAAAAAUGGAACAAGUUUUUACGGAGGAAACUGCAUCAACAGGUUUUAGCGGUCAAAGAAAUUGAUUUUUUUCAGCAAAAGACACUGAGUAAUCUCCACAACACAAGAUUAAAGACUUGGUGGAACAAGGAUGGAAAAACAAUUUGAUGGCUAGGAAAAGGAAAUUUCUGAACGGAAGAGCAAAAAACUAGUUAUAGACCAUUCGGAUGUUCAAAAUAAGAGAAUGUAUAAAUGGCAAUGUCCCCAAGGUAAGGGAAUACGUAGGAGAUCAGCAUCAAUAUCCUCCACAUCGUCAGCCAGUGAAUAUGGUGACAACAUCCGUGGGUGGGUCCAACUGGAUCGCUGGUUCAAAAGGAAGACGAUCAGAACCACAGGAAUCCAGUACUUUAUCCAAUACACAGAUGAAGCAAUAAAGGACCUCCACUUAUUCGCCCGUAAUUUAAUGUUUAAAAGAUGGCAUCACCACAUAGAAAAUGAACAAAUCUUCACUACACCCGAGGAGAGGAUGGCAGUCCGUAUACUUGAUGACCUAUUAUUGGAACGAGAAAUUUCGCCUGAUCAACAGUCUGAACUGAAACUGAUGCUGGACUCCGUAGUGGCAGCCUCAAUAAUUAGCAAGGAUUUGGCCGAUGCUCUAUAUGUGCAACGUCCAAUUGUUUCUACUUUAUAUCUUCUUCCUAAAAUACAUAAGCACCAGACGCGUCCACCCAGGAGACCGAUCAUUUCUGGUAUAGAUAUGUUCCGUAAGAAAACCCCGGUAAAUGCAUACCUACAUGCCUCGUCUCAUCCAGAACACACUCUUUGGGCUAUUCCAUAUGGACAGUAUCUACGGUCUAAAUGGAUCUGCUCUACAGACCAGGCAUUCCAGAAGCAGGCUGUUGACCUCAGUCAGAGAUUCCUCGACCGGGAAUAUCGUCAUAGGAAUAUCAAGAAAGCCUAUAAUAAAGCCAGAAACUGCUCAAGGUCUCAACUUCUUCAGCCCUCUCAGCAUUACAUCUCGCCCCGACCCACCUUGACAGCUAGGAGGGCCAAAAACCUUAAUGAUAUGCUGGUUAAGAGUGAAUAUCGAUCACAAACAACUAAGAAUAUGUUUGGGACAAAGGAUCCGAGACGGGGCUGCACUCCUUGUGGCCAGUGUGUGGCCUGCCCCAAUGUGGAAAGAUCUACAACAUUCACUGACUCAUCUGGCAAUCAAACAUGUAAGAUUACAUAUCAAAUUACACGGUCUACAAGAUUUGUCAUCUAUUAUGCUAUUUGUUCUUGUCCUAAGAUCUACAUUGGAUUUACCACACGGCCUGUUAAAAUUCGAGUGAGAGAACAUGUCCGGGACAUUAAAGCAGUGGCAGCAGUGACCAAUCUUGAGGACCUUAAACCAGGUCCAAGGCAUUUUCAGUUGCAACACGACUGUGAUCCAUCCUCAUUCAAGUGACCAUUGGGACGUGAUCUUGUCGGGGUGUGGCUAACUAUGGACCAUUCUAUAUACAUUCUUCGGUAUCUUGCUAUUCCGUCCUCAGGACCCUCAGUUUGAAAUUCUGGACUAAUGUACAUUAGUGUUUACGUUGGCCCAUGCACUGAACAGUGGGAAGUGUGUUGGUAUAUAUAUGUAAUGUCCCAGUACAGGACAUUUUAUUUAUUUAUUUUAUUUAUUUAUAUAGCGCCUACAGAUUCCGCAGCGCUUAUGAUCCUGUACUAGCUUUAGGCCCUGUCAGGUUGAGACCCUCAGUGACCUGGGGGCUUCCCUGCAUGGUCUCCCCCUGUUGUUUCCAGAAUGUUGUGUAUACUGAUUUAAUGUAUAGACAGGAUCCUAAUGUAUAGAUAGAGCAGAUGAUCUGUGAGAGGUCUCAAGGACCUGUGAGAUUGUCACGUUAUGUUAUGUUGUCUGUCACAUGAUUUGUUGUCACAUGUUCUCCCAGAGAGCACCAGCUUAACUUAUGACCCGCAGCUUGACGAAUGGGCUUUAGUCCAGCCCCCCACUAUAUAAAGGGGCGGCCAUUACAAUUCACUCUCUUCCUUUACUGAGAACCAGCCAGUACAGAUGUCUCAGAACUAGUGACCAGCAUCUGGAAGACCACAAAGCUACAGUCAUUCCAGUAAGUCAAAAGUCUAUGUCUGCUAUCACUACAAGUAGUCAAGUCCUGCUUAUAGUCAAGUCCAAUCUCAAGUAAAGUCUAUUACAAGUAUAAUUGGUCCCAGCAAUCUGCGAGAUCUUCUGAGUUCCUGGCCACCUCUCUGGGAUUCUGGCCGAGCUGUGAAGAUGAUAACACCUAUCUGACCUCAGUAAAGCCUCCGUUAAACCAUAACUGGUUAUGGACCCUCCUUUCCUUAUUUAGCCAUUGUCCGGGCAUGCUGGGAGUUGUAGUUUUGCAACAUCUGGAGGUCCGCUGGUUGAAGAUCACUGUGACCUAUACUUUACAUUGUAUUCUAGAUUUUCCUAAUUUAAAAUUGGGUGCGUUUUAUAUGCCGGAGCGUCCUAUAGGGCGAAAAAUACUGUAUAUUACCCACCAAAUGUAUCCCUCUGCUGGUCUGGGGAUGUAUGGCUAUUAGAUAUAAUUUGGUAUUUAGCCUGUAUAUAGCUCUCCCCACCACUAGAUGUCAUUGCAUUCAGCUAGUAUGGUUUUCAUUAGCUGGCUCCGUCGCUUGUGCGCAUGCCCGGCUUUGUCCUCUCGCAGUAGACCGGGAGAUCUGUAUAUUGCUCCGAUCACGUGCUUGUUCACGUGGGGGUGUUAUGUGACGCGGCCUUUCCAGACGGCGGGGGAAGUGACGCCAGCGGUUCAGUAUGCGCCGAUACAACUGGGUAAUUACGCGUUCUUUGUUUCCAUUGGCUCUCUAUGUAUAGUUAAGGUUUGGAGGUCUGGGAUGUAGCCCCUCCCAGACGAAGGUCAGUGUGCCGAAACGCGUGUUGGAGUGGCGUCUUCCCGGCCCCUGCAUUGCAUCGUUCACCAUUUGGUUUUGUGGAUAUUAUUUCUUGUUUUGUAUAUUCUUGUAUUUUCUUUUUAUUAUCCAUUACCACUUGCACACGACACUUUACUUGUUACGCACUUUCAUGCAUUUAUGCACAUAAGAUGCCGGUGCCUAUUAAUACUUACCCCUUUGUACUCAGCAUGAGGUAUGCCCCAUGAUUAUCAUCCUAUUUAUGCAGGUGUCCGGUGAUGUUGCA